ACCAAAACAAACCAUUUCUUGACUCGUGUAGAAGCUGUCGACUUAUUUGAGGUCGAAAUUCGACGUUUUAUCCGAACAUUCGACGGAAAAUUCGACCGGGAGAUGAAUUAUCGACUAAUUCUCCACAAUUCAAGGUGGUUUAGAUAACAGGUUGAUGGGGACUAACAGAGUAGAGUUGUAGCAUCUACAGCUGUGAAAUGUACCACCCAGGCAAAAUAUAUGGAAUUACGGCAUCUUCAAUCUAGGCGGGUCUUGUGGUAUCGCCGUCAUGCAAGAUUUGAUUAAGCGUGAUGGUAUUGAGGUACCCGCUUAUUCCUAUGUAACCAGGAUUUCACAUUCAAGUGUUUUAUGUGUGUAAUCAGUCUACAAAGUUCCUCUGGAAAAGUUUCAUGUAAUGCAAUGUCUAUUUUGUUCUAAAUUAGCUUCAGAUUUUCCCGAACAAUGACAAGAUAUUUAACGUUGGUUUUGUUUUAUACUCGGUAGAACUUCAGCACUGUAUGAACAGCUCUCAUCAAUGAGUUAUACUUGUAGUGAGAUUUGUAGCCAGUUUGCUUGAAGACAGUGGGUGGCAUUUAAAUUGUACAAUGUACUUCAGAUCUAAAUUAGAUCAAUAUGUCUUCCAUUAGUGAUAUGUCAGAUUUUAGCCAGACUGCAUCAUCAAAUUGUGAAUCUUGUGGGAGGGUUUUUUUACAUUCAGGUGAAAGUAUAUGUCACCUUGUUGUUCAUACGGGUGAAAUAACGUUUUCCAUUGAAGACUCUUUUGAUACUCGCAUUAAAAAUCAUGUUGUUAGGAAAAUAUUCUCAUGCCAAGCAGAAAAUAAUUGCUCAGAUAUUUCUGAGACAAAGUCAGAACACAGUAGAAAAAUUACACUUGAGAGUACAGAGCACAGGAGAAGCAUUACACUUGAGAGCACAGAGGACAAAAAAAAUAUGACAGUUGAAGGUAGUGACGGGCCUGUAGUUUUAUACAUAGCUGAUGAGCCAUACUCCUGCACUUUAUGCCCGAAGACUUUUCCUUCAAAAAGUGCUCUGGAGAAGCACACAAAGGUUCAUUCUAACUGCACAUCGUAUAAAUGCUCCAUUUGUGACAAAGCGUUCAAGAGGAAAGAUGGUCUCGAGAAACAUGUUAGAAUCCACACUGAGGAGAAGUGUUCCACACUUGACGUUUGGUCAGAAGACUCCUCUGAGGAGAGUGACUCUCUUCAUCACUCGGGGACGGAUGAAGGUCAGAAGCUGCUCGAAUGCUACUUAUGUGAUAUGCAGUUCGAUUCGCAGGAUUUGCUGAGAGCUCACGAGCAAACUCACUUUGUUGGGAAGCCACACUCGUGCUCUGCCUGCGGGAAAAAAUUCAGGCAGAGGCGUUACCUCCUGAAACACAUGAACACCCACACCGAUAAGAAAUCGGUGUGUAAAGUCUGUCAGAAGAAGUUCUCUAGUCACAAUGCACUGACCGAUCACAUGAAAUCUCACACUACUUCCGAAACAUUUGCUUGUAGCGUCUGUGGAUCGGAAUUUCCCUCGAGCCGCAGGCUCAAAGUCCACACGGAAACUCACAAGGAAAUCAGUUACACCUGUAGAGUUUGCUCCAAGACUUUUCGCAGUAGGCCAGACCUCUUCACUCACCUCAACAAGAGUCACGCUUGGGAACGACCUUAUUCUUGCGUGGUUUGCGACAAGUCGUUUGCGCUGAAGAGCAUACUCAAAAAGCACAUGACAAUCCACACAGGCGAGAAGCCUUAUGUGUGUUCUAUCUGUGGCAAAGAGUUUUCUCAGAGCAAGUAUCUUGCUAGCCACAUCAAAAUUCAUACGGGGGAGAAGCCCUUCCAGUGCAACAUUUGCGGCAGGCCGUUCAUCCAGCAGAACGCUCUGAUGUACCACCUCGAAACUCACGGAGGCGACAAGAACUUUAGGUGCCAUCUUUGCGACAAAGCAUAUUCGUACAAGGCCAAUCUUGCGCGUCACAUGGCGGACCACAAUUCAAGUAAACAGUUCACCACUUGCAAGCACUGUAACCAGUCGGUUUCCAUCAAGUCUUUCGCUCAGCACAUGAGAGUCCAUACAGGCGAGAGGCCUUAUAAAUGUUCGGUUUGCAAUGCGACCUUCAACAAAAUCAGCAACCUCAACAGACACGAGAAGGCUCACUCCAGCCGGAGUCUGUAUUCUUGCCCCAAGUGUGAGAAGAAGUUCACUCAGAAGUGCCACUUGGUGCGUCACUCGAAGAUUCACAGUUUGGCCGACACGGGUCUUUCGUGCAGUGAAUGUGGCAAGAGUUAUUCCAAGAAGAUACACCUUACUGUUCAUUUGCGAGUGCAUAAGCUGGACAACUUCUUCACCUGCUCCUUCUGCAAAGAGAUCUUUUCAAAACGCCACAAACUGGCUCACCAUCUGAAAACCCACGAAGAAAAAGACCUUGUAGAGGUGUAGUGCCGUCCUAGCACCUCUCGCAGUGCGCUGUAGCCACCACUGAAGGUUCUUUCAGCAUCCUCUUGGCCCUUAGCUGCAGUCUCUUUCAUUCCUUUUAUUGUAGCUCUAUUCCUGUUCACUUUCCACCCUCUCUGAACAAUUGUUACACAGGGCAACUGUGAGGUCUUCCUCCUGUAACGCCUUUAAAACCUUCUUUACUCCCAGUCUCCCUUCCAGCACUGAUUGUCCUCAUAGGUCCCAGCGCUGGGUUUUUGGCCAAAAUUGUAUAUAUAUUCCAAUUCCAGUUCCUCAGGGAAAAAGGUUCAUCUGCUUGAGCAAGAAAAAAAGGUGCUAUAGGAGUGCUGUACAUGUAAAAUUGCGCAAAAAUAUUAUCAAAAUUAACAUAGGCUGCAGAGCAGCAUGAGUGCAUUUGAUGUUUUGACAUUUUGAAAAGGUAUGCAAACAAUUAUUUGAAUUGAUGUAGGCUGCUAAACAACAUUUAGGCAAUUUGAUAUGUUUUCAUAUUUUAGAAAGGAUGCUGUUUCAACAAUGUAAAAAGCUUGCAAGCAAUUAUUUAAAUUGAUGUAGGCUACAAAACAAUACUGGUGUAUUUAAUAUGUUGUUUUCUUAUUUUAAACAUAAGCAGCAAAACAACAUUUGGUGAUCCAGUAUUUUUCAUAUUGUUGUAAUGUUUUAAGCUCAGGUGCUCAACAGGUGUUCAAAUAUAAUUGAACUUGAAUUACUUUUGUAUGUUGAAAUUGCUUUCAUUUUAAUUACAUUAUUUGGCUCCAUAGGCCCUAAAAUGUAAUUAUUUGAAUUACUUUCAAGUUAGUUACAUUUAUUUGUAAUUUUGAUAAGAAUGAUUUUUUCAUUUUAAUUACAUUUUUGUUGUUCAACAAGUCUUAAAAUGUAACAAUAUUUUUAUUAUUUGGUAGUCAAUUAAAAUUAUUUUUUAUUUUAAUUUCAUUAUUAUGCUCAGGAAGUGUUAGAAUGUAUCAGUAUUUGAAUAAGUUGAAGUAAAUAAGAAUUAUUUUUAAUUUUGAUUACAUUUACUGGAGCAUUAAAAUGUAACUGCAUUUCCACAUUGGUUCAAAUUAUUUUUAAUUUUAACCAUUUUUUUUACUUGGGUGUUAAAAUGUCUAACUGCAUUUCAAUUUAUAUUUUAGUUUGUCUUUAUUUAUAAAUUUACUUUUUUUUAAAGUAAGUUUUUUUAUCAAAUCUGAAAAUGUU